AGGAGGGAGAAACUGGAGUAGUCUCGUGGAAUCUAAGCAUUGCAAGCUCUGAGGGAAUUCUCAUCUAGUCUUCUCUUUUCAGAUUGAGAGCCUUUGAUUAUCCUCUUCUUCUCCCGUUACAUAUUCUGCAAUGUCUAUAUCUGAGACGACGACUGCAGUGCCUACUGCCUGCAACUCUCAUUCCACAGUGUGUUCAGGCGCAAACUGCUUGUUUCACAGUAACUUCAAUCAAACACUGAGCCUGGUGAUGAGCAUAGUGCUUACUGUAAUGCUUGCCAUGGUCAUGUUUGCAAUGGGCUGCACUGUGGAUGCCAAAAAGCUGUGGGGCCACAUCAGGAGACCCUGGGGCAUCUUCAUCGGCUUCCUCUGCCAGUUUGGCAUCAUGCCUUUCACAGCCUUUGCCUUGUCACUGGCCUUCAAUGUGCUGCCUGUGCAGGCAGUUGUCGUCAUCAUUAUGGGCUGCUGUCCUGGAGGCUCCAACUCUAACAUUAUCUGCUACUGGCUGGAUGGAGACAUGGACCUAAGCAUCAGUAUGACAACCUGCUCCUCUAUCUUGGCCCUGGGGAUGAUGCCUCUCUGUCUGUUCAUUUACACGUCCACCUGGACUUCCAGCGACACCAUCAAGAUCCCAUAUGACAGUAUUGGUAUUACUCUAGUGUCCAUUCUCAUCCCAAUUGCCCUGGGAAUGUAUGUUAAAAACAAACGGCCCCUGUGGGCAAAAAAGAUCCUCAAGGUAGGGUCCAUUGCAGGCAUUGCUCUCAUUAUCAUCAUAGCUGUAGUUGGAGGAGUUCUCUACCAGUCCUCCUGGACCAUUUCUCCCGCCCUGUGGAUUAUUGGAACUGUCUACCCCUUCAUUGGCUUCAGCCUGGGGUUCAUCUUGGCCCGCAUUGCAGGUCAACCCUGGUACAGGUGUCGAACCAUCGCAUUGGAGACAGGUUUCCAGAACGCCCAGCUGUGCAGCACCAUUGUCCAGCUGUCCUUCGGCCCUGCUGAGCUGGAGAUCAUGUUUGCAUUCCCCCUCAUCUACAGCAUUUUCCAGCUGUUGAUGGCAAUGAUGUCUGUGGGAGCCUACCAGGGAUAUAAAAGGUGUUUUCACCAUGGUUCAUCUGAUGAAGACAGUGAGGCUCCAUCCCUGGAAACUGGUGAUGGUGAAUCAGAAAAAAAGAUGGGACAUGCUGUGGAAAAUAGUGCCUUUGAGUUUGAUCACAAUGGCAGCAGCGAAGAGAAGGGUAUAGAUGUCAAAAGGAACACCCAGUUGUGAGGUUACAGGCCUGUAAAUCACAGACUCUGGACUAUCAGUGUGAACAUCCAGGGCCACAGCAUAACUGAAGCUCAACUCAACACUGUGAACACACAUUGCACUCUGCAGGCCGGAGGUGUGCACUGCAGCUCCUGUUGUCAUCAGCUUUGGAAAAUCUUUUACAAGUACAGGGAUGUCUUCCCUAGUAAAACCAACAGAUAACUUCAUGGGGGGGGGGGGGGGGGGGGGAGUGACUAACACAAUGCAAGAUAUUACAUUGAAUUUUACUGUAUAAUAUAUUAGUCCCUCCUUUCCCGUAAUUUAUUCAUAUAUUAUCAUUUGAAACAACUUUUUACAGCAUUUACUUGUGUUUUCUUUACAUGUCUUUUCAAUAAUUCAGACUGAAUAUUUAACAUUGAUUAUGAGGAUUAACCAUAUGCAGAUAAAUGGUAAAAUGUAUUGAUGAAUAUAAAUAUAUCAUGUUUCUACUGUGUGACAUUCAUAAUUUAUCUGAUGAGACAAAGUUGUGUCAAAUGACGAGAAUUAUGUGCACUUUUGAGAGCCAGUAUUUUACAGUUUUCAAACGCAUAGAUAGACAGUCGGAUCUCAUAAAAUACACAUGGAUAUUAAGUUUUAGUGCACACUUGGUGGUUGCCAUGAAAUGUGUUAAAAUUAUGUGCUGGCAUCAUGAAAACAAUGGUGAUACAAAGUCAAUGAGGAUUUUUUGUCAAGGUAAACACACAAAUUAAGUAUAAAGAGUGAGAAAGUCAACGUAGGGUUGAUAGGUCAAACAAACACGGAGUUUUAACCAGGAGACUGCUGUUUGUGUCCUGCAAGAUGCCAAUGGGGGGUCGUAAAUGUGCACAACAAUGUACCACUUAGUUUAUGAGUUGUAACUAUUUGAAAUUUUCACACUUAAAUUUCAAUACCAGGGAAAGCCAACAACCAAAUUUCAUACGGAGGUGAGCCAGGACAAACCUGACACACCCUGCAAUGUUUAAGAACGCACCGCUUACUUUCCAAAAUGCUACAAUUUUUUUUUUUUAAGACAUUUUUUUGGGCAUUUUUAAGCCCUUAAUUGAUAGGACAGACGAGCGUAAAGGGGGAAGAGAGAGAGGGAGUGACACGCAGCAAAGGGCCACAGGCCGGAGCCGAACACGGGCCGCCGCGGCAACAGCCCUGCACAUGGGGCGCCCGCCCCACCACCAAGCCACUGACGCCCCAAAAUACUGCAAUUUUUGUCACUUUUAAAAGUGGUUCUCAUCCCCUUAAUCCCUAACCCUUAAACCAAGUGUUUUUCUUCUAACCAAUCUAACCAACUGUUGUUUCACAGUUCAGCUGGUCAUAACAGACUUUGCAUUAGCAUUGUUUCGUGCCCUCCACCAUGUAAUGCAUUGUUAAGUGGUUGUGCCCUUUUCAUGUAUUUCUGUGAAACUUGUGUUGCCACAGAGUAAAAGGUAUUUAGUCCUUAGUCUCCAUUCAUAUGUAGCAGAUGAAAUCAGUGGUAACUACCGACAGGCUUCAGCACAUAGGCCCUGAUGCAAACUUCCGUUCGGGUUCUCUGCUCUUUCAGUUUCUUUCAGUGCUUCUAUGCCUUAUUCAUGAUAGUCAAUAAAGAGAAGUCAGGGUUGGAUAGCGCACAGCUGAUUUUUGACAUUUUAAGAAACAUGAGCUUGUGGUUUUACAUAUCUGUCCAAACUGAUGAAACAGGGAUAUACAGUAAUCCCAGUAUAUUUAUGAGACAUAUUCACACAUCAGUUAUUUCUCAGUCUUCUGUACUGUGCAAAUGUGCAUAAACAAAAUAUUUUGCUCUCAUAUUUACCACUAUGUUUAAGAGAUGUGCCUUCUGAAAUUACGUUUUACCAAAAAGCUUACUUACAUUUUUAUUGUCUAUUUGUAACAAUUGUUGUUUUGAUGUGAUAAUGAGUACUAGUAUUCAACUCAAUAAACAUAUUAAUAUUUCUUAAA